AUGCUCUCAAGAAAAUUCUCGAAUACAAGAAGAGCUCCCUACAAUCUGAUGGCUGGCUACUACCGCAUCUGGACCGACACUGCUGGCAACCCCGGCGGUUCCCAGCGCAUGGAUGAUCUCCCUGACUGCCUUGACAUUGCCUUUGUCUUCCCCGAGGGCGGCGAGCGCAAUGAAUUCUAUACCAUGCUCAACAGCACCUAUGCGCCCACUCUGCAGAAGCGCGGCACCAAGGUGGUCAAGACGGUCGGCAUUGCUUCUCUGACCAACACCAACUACCCCAACACGGCUGCCGGCUAUGCUUCGUUGGCCAAGUACCUCGUCAAGUACCAGGUCACCGAUUACGGCCUCGAUGGUCUUGAUGUUGACGUUGAGGAGCUCAGCGGCACCCGCCUCCAGAAGGCCACCGGUGUCUUCCAGGAGCUCUCCAAGCUACUUGGCCCCAAGUCCGGCACCGGCAAGCUGCUCAUCUUUGACACCAACCAGAGCGGCGCCAACUCCCUCUUCCGCGCCGUCUACUCCUACGUUGACUACACCCUUGUGCAGUCGUACGGCAGAGCUGCCAGCUCCUACGAGACCACCUGGAAGACGUUCCAGAACUACAUCACGCCCGCCACCUACAUGAUUGGCUUCUCCUUUAACGAGGGCGACAACACCUGGCACGACACCGAUGCCCCUCUCUCUUCCAGCCACGCCAAGGCCAUGGCCACCUUCCAGCCUUCUAGCGGCUAUAAGGCCGGCAUCUUCUCCUAUGCCAUUGACAGAGACGGCAACAACCCUCCCGGGUCCCUCUCAACGGUGCUAGCACAUACGACUGGAUACGCGAGCUUAUCAAGGAGAUGA